AUGCCCAACACAGGUGUCUUCUGUCGCUUUCAUCAGUUCAGUGGCCACGAUACCGAAUCUUAUGUUGCCUUACGCAACAUCAUUGAAGGACUUAUUCGUAAGGGGAAGCUGGAUAAAUACGUGCACAACCUUCCACCCCCACCUAACCCUCACCAACGGCAGAUCAACAUGAUCUCAACCAUCAGUGGUGGUCCUACCAUGGCUGGAACCUCCAACAACUCUAUCAAGCAUUAUGUUCGCUCCACCUAUGCGCACCAGGUCUUCAGCGCUGAGAAAGGACGCCUGUCGAAGACACAUAAAUCAGGCUGGGCUCCCAUUACCUUCUGCGAGGAGGAGGAGCAUGGUGUUAUUCUCCCUCAUGAUGACCCAAUCAUUAUCCGUGCCGACAUUUCUAACUUCGAUGUUGAGCGUAUCUUGGUGGACACUGGCAGCUCGGUCAGUGUGAUGUUUGCUAAUUCUUUCAAUGAGCUCCAGGUCCCAUCUUACUUACUCGACCGAAGCAAUACACCCCUUGUGAGCUUCUCUGGUGAGAUGGUCCAACCCAUUGGAAGCAUUCAUCUCCCUAUCUCUAUUGGAGCAGCACCAUAG